UACUCCCAUGAUUCCUAGAGAGCUAUGGACGACAGAAAGCAGUCUGCUGGGGCCACCGCUGAUGUUUUUGUCAAGUUCUUGACGUAGCGAAGAUCGCAGAUACACCAGUGUUACUUUAAAAUGGAGUCUAAAAGCAGUAUGAGUGACUCCCUGUCCACUAUUAGCAUAGAGCAGUUAACCUCAGCAGUGCAGAACACUGUGAAUGUGACACCAACACCUAUGUUAUCAGGACCAUCCCAUACAAGACAUGACCCACUCCCACGUACACCUCCUGGGUCAUCCUUAUUGCAAACAAGUGGUACUCCCACAGUGUCAUCACUUCCUAAUAUUCUGCCAGCAUCUGCACCCUUCCUGCUGUCUCUUCCUCUUGGAGACAGGCCACUACUUAUACAGGACAGGUCACUUCUAGACAGGACACUCAUUCCUGUUCAAGAUCGACUGUUUCCUCUACAGCAUGAAAACCGCCCAUUUCAUAUGGAGCAUAACAGACUUCCCUUUCCAGGACCUCUGGCAAUCCCUAUUCCAAUCAGAGCCCCCUCCAUGCAGUCUGGACCCAGUCAUCUCCAGGGAAGUUCAUCUGCUCCAAGUCUUCCACAUCAUUUAUCAGAAACCUCAGGAAGGAUGCCAGUGUCACUGCCUAUGUCCCUGCCCAUGUCCAUAGGAGGCGGCCAUGCCCAGGACAUCUUGAUCACAUCUAUAGGGCAGAUCCCAGUAUUUAAUGCUGCCCCUGGCCUGAGUUCCUCUUCCACAACAGGGAUAAAUACUGGCCCGACUGGAUACGCCCCAGAGCACAUUCCAGCUUUAUUGAGCAGGUUGUUAGGCCAUGGAAUAGGAGUGCCUCCUAUAACUUCCUUAUCACAAGCUGGACCUCGUGUGUCUCACAGCAUGCCUGCUAUGACAUCAUGUACCUCACCUGGGGUGACCUCAAGCCAGGUGACAACUGUGGACAUCCACGUCUCAUCAGUUCCCAGCAGUUUGUCCAGCACUCCCCUUGCAAGUGUCCCAAGUGCUCUGCAUCAGUUCAAUCCCCAGUUUGCUCACUUUCCUCACACUGGCCUACACCACAGCCAGGUUUCAACAGUGGACACUAGCACGCCAUGCCCAGAUGUCCAGCACAAUACAACUGCCCAGGAACUAUGCCUACCUCACACCACAGGUACAGACAGCAAUGGGACCAGUGCCUCAGAUGUCCAUCAUUCUUCCAUACAGCACUUUGAUAUAAACAGCCACUUACACCAUGUUCAGGUGUCAGAUACUGUUGGACAGGUUGCAAGUUCCCAAGAGUCUGACUCGUCUAGAACCCCAACCCCAGAGAUAAAAAACAUUACCCCAAGUAUCAGUUUAGCCUCAGGCAUGGGUUCUUUGAGCUCCUGCGUGACUCCAGUGCCCAGUAUUACACCUUCUCUGGAUAUAGUUCACAUGACAUUGAUUGGCAGCCAGGAGGAAAACAGCCAGGAAUCCCACCACGAUGAGUUACAUGAAGAAAACCACAUUGUAGGAGAGACUACAGAGAAAAGAGCUCAUGUGCUUUCCCAUGGUGAUUUACCAGUCUCAAUGGCUCUAACCAUAGCCACAAGUGCUAUACAAGCUUCUGAUAAAGAAAAUCAGAAUACACAUCUACUAAGUCCUACAAUGCAAGUGUUAGAAUAUAUCAUUCAGUCCCAAGACACCUCCCUGGCAGACUCUGCACACCAUGCCACUGAGGGAAGAAAACAUGGUCUCAUAGAGGAGGAUAGCAAUGAACAGACUGUACAAUCUCUGCAAACAUUUUAUUGUGUUGAAUGUAACUGUACCUAUGAGUCUUCUUGCUCUAAGCAUGGUGGGGAAUACAUUCAUGUGCUUGAUACACCCGUUUUAUCCAGAGCCAGAGCCUCCUUGCCAGCCCAGCUAUCUUUACAAAGCAGUAGGAUACAGUUUGAUCAAAAUAGUAGAAUACACUUUGAUUUAGGUGUGUGGUCUUCAGAAUUGAUCCCCAAGAAAACAAAGUUCGGACCUGUAGUAGGAAACUUGGCACCUCUUUCAAAUUUCUCAGAAGAUGCAGAUUUGAGCCCUCCAUUUUUUUGGAAGAUCCAUUGUGCUGAGGAGUGCAAUAUAUUGAUGUGUACUGAUGAAGAUGUCAGUAACUGGACAAUGUUCUUGAAGAGAGCCAAGACAAAUAGUGAUCAGAACCUCACAGCUUACCAGGAGGGAGAGAGCAUAUUCUUUGUUACGUGCAAAGAUAUCCAGCCUGGCUCAGAACUUGCGUUUUGGUAUUCCAGGGAAUAUUGUAAAGAAUUAGGUGUUACUCUUUCCCCAGAAGGUGCUUUUCUCUGUGAUAUUUGCAAUAAACAGCUGGUGGACAGUAAGGCUCUUGCUCAACACAUCAAAUACAUUCAUGCUGACUCUUUCUCCAAGAAACAUAAAUGCCAAGUGUGUUCAAAAGGGUUUCCCAACAGGUUUAAGUUGGACACCCACAUGUUGAUCCACAUGGGACUGAAGCCCCACCAGUGCAGGGUGUGCCAUAAACAGUUUGCUGAUGCCAGUAAUCUCCGGAUGCACAGGUCCAUUCACACAGGUGAAAAGAAAUUCAGCUGUCCUCAUUGCGAUCGCACAUUCCGUCAGAAGGCUCACCUUACGUCCCACUUGAUCACCCACACAGGGGAGAGGAAGCUGAAGUGCUCCUACUGCAGCAAAAUGUUUGCCAGGUCUUCAGAUCUCAAGACUCAUGAAUAUGUCCAUACCAAAGAAAGAGUGUUCAAUUGCUUGACAUGCAACAAACAGUUCUUUAAACUGCAGAAUCUCAAAAAACAUAUGUUGGUACAUACUGGAAUUAAAGAUUUUCAGUGUGAUCUUUGUGGACGGCAAUUUGCACAAAAACACCAUCUAACCAGACAUAAACCUAUAUGCACAGGACAAAAGCCACAACAGAAGUCUGCAAAGAAAGAGAACAGAUAAUGAUUGUAUCCAAGUCAAAGAUAGCUUCCUGUGCAAUUUAAGUAGAAGAUUAUAUUGACUUUGUUUUUCUCAAACCCAUUACAGUGUACUAGACAGCUCUUAAGCACUGAAUGAAUGAGGCAUACAAAUAGAAAAGAACAUCACAAUAUAUUUCAUUGGCUGUUUAGAGUCGUAAGAAGUUUUUGUAACAUACAGCUAUACAGCCCAGAGUGCAGCAGCUGGUACUGCAGCACUCCUGGGGUAAAAAUAUGAAUAUUAUACACUGCUUUUUAUCUUAUUUUAUACAUAUUUUCAUGUUGGUCUUUUGAAGUAAAACUAUGAUAGAUAUUUAUGAGGUAAGCCUGCAGUUUGCCGAUCUGUUUUUAUUCUUCCCUGAUUAGAUUGAUUUGAUUCUCUUUUAUGGAUAUUUGUGGUUACUCUCAAAGAAAGAAGCUUACACUCCUGAGUCAUCAUACAAGGUUUUGGUCUAAUUUUAUUCAAUGAAUCUGUUACAAAACAAGGAAACCUUUUUGGUGGCUGUAGUGCAAUUUACAUACAAUUUCAACUGCUGAAUUCAAAUAAAAUGAGUGAAAGUUAAA